CGGCCUCGCGCCCUCCAGCCCGGCUCCAGCCGCCGCCGCCGCUCCCGCAUCCCGCAUCCCGCAUCCCGCCGCCGCGGCUCCCACUCUGGCCGGGCGGCUCCGGCAGGCAGGCAGGCAGGCAAGAGGCGGCAGCCCCCGCGGGCUCCUUCGGGCCGGGCGCUGGUGGCUGCCGGGGGGCUGGAAGCGCGGCGGGUCCGGCGAGCGAGCCGGCUGUCAAGAGCCGAGCGGGGCCGGGGGGGGGGCCAUGGGGCGGCCCGCAGGCGGCGGUGGCGGCGGCGGCGGAGAAGCGGUCCCGGGGAAGCCUCCGGCGCGGGAGGAGGCAGCGUGAGCCGGACCGGCGCGGGACCGCCAGGAGGCGGCAGGCAGGCGUUAGAGAGUCAACCCGGAGCGGCGUUCAAAAUGGAAAUCCCGAUUGUGCUUCUUCUUCUGGGGACCUUCGCGUUGGCUGAGUCAGCGAGAGUAAAAAGAUUGAUGGAUAAUGAGGGUGGCAGCAGCAAUGGCUGGCUGGUUUUGGAAAAAGAAAAGAAAAAUAAAGAAAAGAAAAGAAAAGAAAGAAAGAAAGAAAGAAAGAAAGAAAGAAAGAAAGAAAGAAAAAAAGAAAGAAAGAAAGAAAGAAAGAAAAGAAUAACCUCUGUAUCUUUUGAGAGACGUUUUUGUUUGAAAGAGAGAAGCCCACCCAGAAUUGCCGACAAAGUAAUCCAUCGGCAAUCUGCAAGGUUAGGAAGAACCAUCAAGCUUCUGUGUCCGGUCGAAGGCGAUCCGCCGCCUCUCACUAUGUGGACAAAAGACGGGCGGACCAUCCACAGCGGCUGGACGAGGUUCCGCGUCCUCCAACAAGGCCUGAAGAUCAAGGAAGUGGAAAGCGAGGAUGCAGGGACCUAUAUCUGCAAAGCCACCAAUGGCUUUGGCAGCAUGAACGUGAACUAUACCCUCAUUGUGAUCGAUGAUGCCAGCUCAGGACGGGAGAGUUUGGGACCUGAAAAUCCUAACAGUGGCUCAGAAGACCAUGCAGGGAAGCUGUGGGCUCGACCGAGAUUCACCCAGCCUGCGAAGAUGAGACAACGGGUGAUUGCCCGUCCGGUGGGGAGUUCGAUUCGACUAAAAUGCGUGGCCAGUGGCAACCCCCGGCCGGAAAUCAGCUGGCUAAAAGACAACAAGCCCCUCACAUCGCAGGAGAUUGGCGAGAACAAGAGGAAGAAAUGGACGCUUAAUUUGAAGAACCUGAAGCCGGAUGACAGUGGGAAAUACACCUGCCGCGUUUUUAACAGGAUGGGAGAAAUCAACGCCACCUACAAAGUUGAAGUGAUCCAGAGGACACGAUCCAAACCCAUCCUUACCGGGACGCACCCUGUGAACACCACUGUGGACUAUGGAGGAACAACCUCAUUCCAGUGUAAGGUGAGGAGUGACGUGAAACCAGUGAUCCAGUGGCUGAAGAGAGUGGAGUACGGCACAGAGAGCAGAUACAAUUCCACCAUCGAUGUUGGUGGGCAGAAGUUUGUGGUGCUGCCCACUGGAGACGUUUGGUCUCGUCCGGACGGUUCCUACCUGAACAAACUUAUGAUUGCACGCGCCAAGGAAGAAGAUGCUGGCAUGUACAUUUGCCUUGGGGCAAACACCAUGGGGUACAGCUUUCGAAGUGCAUUUCUUACCGUGUUACCAGACCCCAAGUCCCCGAGUCAACCGAUGGCUCCCUCCUCUGCCAGCAAUCUACCAUGGCCUGUCAUCAUUGGGAUCCCAGCUGGGGCUGUCUUCAUCUUUGGGACCAUUGUCCUCUGGCUUUGCCAAACGAAGAAGAAGCCAUGUUCUCCUCCAGCUGCCGCUCCAGGACACAGGACCCAGCCCCGAGACCGGGUUUGCACAGCCCAGGUCUCCGAUAAAGACUGCUUGUCCUCCAUAAACUAUGAGGAAUAUGUAGCCCAGCAGCAACACUUACUGACCCAAGGGCCGGUCCUGGCUUCCAGCGCGGCUUCCAAAAUGUACCCAAAGAUUUAUACAGACAUCCACACUCACACCCAUUCACACGUGGAAGGCAAGGUACACCAACACCAGCACAUCCAUUAUCCGUGUUAAAAGGCCACCGUUUUAGAAGGUUGUGACACAGAAGUCUGAUUUUGCUUCGGAUCAGCAGAAACCGCUAGGGUGUGGAGCAAAACAACACAACACAACGAAAAGCGGUGUCUUGUUCAGGGUGUGUUGUUACUGUGACCAGGAGUAAUGAAGGAAUUCCCAAAUGGCAAAGGCCUCCCUUUAGGAGCCUGCUUCACCUUGGAGAAAAGCUGCUUCAGAUGCCUGCUAACCUACAAGGCCAGGAGAUGAAUCAAACCAACCCCGUUCUCCUUCAAGCAAGCAGCACAACGCCAAAGUGCCAUCGCCCAAAGGGAAGCAUUUGAGUGGCCUUACCAAGAAGGUGGAUGGAUGAGCGUGUGGGGGUUGCGUGUGCGUGUGUGUGUUUGUGGGGCAGUGCGUUUCAAGGUUGUGAAGCCAAGAAAGGCUGCCUUAUAAAUUAGCAAUAACCAAACUCCUCAACUUCUAGAAAGCCCUUCCUGCAAAACCGUGGAAACUUUCCCUUGACCUCCCCGCAAAACGAAGAACAAUAUAUGGCUCACUUUUAUAUUUAUAUUUAAUUAUGAUCAAGCUGAAUUGAUAAAUGGUGAUGAUGAACUGGAACUGCUGACUUUUUUUUUAGAAUUUAGGCUCAGGGUGGCCUUCAGGGAUAUUAUGGGAGGUUCACAAAAGCCAAGAUGGAGGCCUUCAAUAGGGAUGGGCUUUGGUCUCCUGCCACCACGACAAUGAAGGCCAACAUCUUGGGGGGUUUUGAACUCCUCUGUGUCCUCACCCCAGCCUAGUAUUCUCCCCUUACCUGAGGUGUAAACUCUCCUCAUCCAAUUUUCAUGGAUUAUAGCAGAAAAACCUCUUCGUGACAACACAAAUAAGCUGAAGUGUCUCGAAACAAAUGGAAUUUCCUUUGUUUCUCAGGAACAAGUAUUUCUGUAAUACAACUUGCAGGUCGAGAGAGAGUGAGAGAGGCUCCAUCUUGCUAUUUCACUUCAGUUUUGAGGAGAGAAAUGGGGAAAAUGUGACCGUACUAAAAUGGAGUCAAGGCAGAUUCAGUAAAAAGAAAGAAAGAAAAAAGAACGUAAAUUUUUUUUAAAAAAAUCUAUAUAGAGUUUAAGCGCAAAUCGUGUAUAUUUAAUUUAUUUUGUAAAAUGUAUAUUUUCUUCCAAAGUAAGCAUUUCUAUUCCUAUAUUUGACCGUGGUUUAUUUUACCCCCAGAUUGCUGUGAACGGCGGGCUCUAAAAUACGAGGAAAAUAAUUGUUAAUAGGGUCUUAAAUGUCCUGUGUCUGCAGCCCAAACUAUCAUGGGGCCCGUGACGUUAGCAUGGUGACCUUUGGAUGUGAGCUCUGCCCCUUUUCCAUUUGCAGGCAUUGUUGUGAUCCAAGUACACAAAGGGAGAUCUUAAUAUUGUGUCACAGCGUGUGGUUUACCUUUCUGGAAUCACCAGAAUUAGAAAUGGGCGCCUCCAGGCGAUGGCUGAUCCUUUUCUAGCCAAUCCUCUUGUUGGGUUCAACAAAAGUUGGGGUUGUUGUUUUGUUGCAAGAAGCCAUUGUUUGUGAUCAGCAGGUAAGCAGGGCUCUGACACUGAAGCGAGAGGGACUUUGAAGUGAAAGAACCCUAUGCUGGCAUACGGCAGAACCAAAUAUGAAUGAAAAUUUCAGUGGCAAGGUAACAACUGAUUCCAAAGGAUCUCACCCAUCAGGUUUCAGCUCUUUGGAUGUUUCACACUGAAGAAUAUCGAAUUAAGAUGAAUAUCAAGAAUUCACCUUAAUCAAGAUGAAGAAGAAUACUAUCACUGUAUUCCAUUGUUUUUUCAUCACUGGCAUCCCAAUGGUGUUUUUUUCAAGAGGCAACUGGGUUUGUUUGUUUUUUGGUUUUUCUUCAAAGACGUUUUGCUUCUCAUCCAAGAAGCUUCUUCAGCUCUGGCUGGAUGGUGUGAAAUUUGAAGGAUUUAUAUUCAGUAACAGUAACAGAGUUGGAAGGGACCUUGGAGGUCAUCUAGUCCAACCCCUGCUCAUGCAGGAGAACAAGGAGAAUUCCUUGCAGCAGCUGGUCAUUUGCAUCCUUUGAGGGAAGCAACCUCCAACUGCUUCAAUUACCUUCUAAAAGGAUGCAAAUGACCAGCUGUCUGCAAGGAAUAUCAAUCCUUCCCUUCCCCACCAUCCAUUCAGAGCUGAAGAAGCUUCUCGGAUGAGAAGCGAAACGUCUUCAAAAGAAAAAACAAGGAAGUCCAGUUGCCUCUUGAAAAUGCACCUUUGGGACAGCCAUGACCUGGAGGACGGAGAAUCUCUACAGACUUCCAUCACUGGAGGUUUUCAAAAAGAGACUGCUUAUCUGGAAUUGUAUAGGAUCUUCUACCUUAAGCAGGGGGCUGGACUAGAAGACCUCCAAGGUCCCUUCAAGCCUCGUGUUUUAUGUUCCAUGACUGUAGAUACCAUGUUUUUCAGAAUCUACUCCUACUUUGUUGGAGAAGCCUAAUUUUUAUGGUGUAUGCGGAAUGCAACAUCCAUUAAAUUAAAUGCUGCUGUGCUAUAGAAUUCCUACCUGAUAGAUACGCAGCGAGGCAAAAAUGCCAUCCAAUUCUCACCUUUUUCCAAAUAGCACUUCAGCUGCCUUCUCAGAAGUAUUUUAUUGCUGGGGAAGUAGGAUUUCCUCCAGAUGGCAUUUCAGUUUAGGGUCUGCUUUUAAGCGAUUUUCCAAGGGUCCUUUACAAUCCUAGUGCUGGAGAACUUUAUUCCAGUCCAGAAAAGCUGGGCAGUGAAUUAGGGAUGAUGAUCAAAGUAUUUUGCCUAUACGCUUCCUGAAAGUCUUUUAGUCUGUUAGGGUUGACAACUUUAACCUCACGUGGAAAAAGCAGAGUUUUUCUUGCUCUGUUAAUCACUCUGUCGGUUUAGAAAGCACCAAAACAUGGAAGAAUAGAGGUGCAUCCAGCUGUUAAUAGCCAGGUCAGAAAUAUAAGAAUAAAUGAGCAUUAGAUUGUUAGCUGUUCAGAGCAAUCCACUAAAAGUAAGGAAAGUAACAACUAUGCAAUUUUUGUUAACAUAUACGGAACGAUGAUGAAGGUGUGGUUGGU